AUGGAAGGGAAUAGCCAAAGUAGCAGCACAAGCAGCAAGCCAGCAGCAGCAGCAGCAGCAGCAGAAGCAGCCGUAGCAGCAGCAGCAGCUCUAGCAGCUCCCACAACAGCAGCAGCAAGAGUUGCAGCGGAUGCCGUAGGAGGGAGAGCAGCAGUAGCAACAGCAGCAGCAGCAGCAACAGCAGCAGCAGCAGCAGCAGCAGAAGCAGUGGCAGCAGCAGCGCAGCAGCAGCACAGCAUGAGCGGUUUAGGGUUUGGGGCUGGGCUGCGUUUGUUGCUGGCUGCUGGCGAUUGCGAACAGCAGCAGCAAAAGCCGCAGCAGCAGCAGCAGCAGCAGCAGCAACACAGCGGACAGUUCGCAGCAGCAGCAGCUGCUGCUGCCGACGCAGCAGCUGCUGCAGCAACUGGAGCAGCCGCAGCAGCAACCACAGCAACUACUUGCAGCAGCAGCAGCAGCACUACAGCAGCAGGAGCAACAGCAAUUAGAGCAGCAGCAGCAGCAGCAGAAAUUAGACAAGCAGCAGCAGCAGCAGCAGCAGCAGCAGCAGCAGCAGCAGCAGGAAAUGAGUUUCGCAGUGUCUGGACUGCGGCGCUUUUGCUGCUUGAGGUCAGCAGAAGCAGGACCUCCUGCCCUCAGCAGCAGCAGCAGCAGCAGCAGCAGCAGCAGCGGCGCGGCCUACUCUACGCGCAGCAGCAGCUGCAGCGCCACUACCCUCAGUCGCAGCAGCCGCAGCAGCAGCUGCAGCGGCUGCAGCAGCAGCAGCUCCUGCCGCAGCAGCGAGAGCAGCAGCAGCAGCCUCGCGAGCAGCAGCAGCUCCUGCUGCUGCUGCAGCAGCGCCACGAGCAGCAGCGGCUCCCGCAGCAGCAGCAGCUCCUGCUGCUGCUGCAGCAGCGCCACGAGCAGCAGCGGCUCCCGCAGCAGCAGCAGCAGCAGCAGCGCCACGAGCAGCAGCGGCUCCCGCAGCAGCAGCAGCAGCAGCGCCAGGAGCAGCAGCGGCUCCCGCAGCAGCAGCAGCAGCAGCAGCAGCAGCAGCAGCAGCAGGCGAGGGUUUGUGGCUGA